ACUUCCACUUCUCCCAGGUGGGCGGAGUGGACUCUUUGGACGAAUCAGAUUCCUCCUCAGUACCAGAUUCAAGAGGUGACCCAGCGCCCCGGGGUCCCAGACACACAGGCAGCCACAGCGGCAGCAGCAGCAGGUUCUGUGGGAAGACCAGAAACCAGAGCCAUGGACGAGCAGCGUGACCUCAUCUCCAACCAUGAGCAGCUGCCCAUCCUGGGCCAGCGCCCCAGGGCCCCGGAGAGCAAGUGCAGCCGUGGAGCCCUGUACACAGGCUUCUCUGUCCUGGUGGCUCUGCUCCUGGCGGGCCAGGCCACCACUGCCUACUUCCUGUACCAGCAGCAGGGCCGGCUGGACAAGCUGACGGUCACCACACAGAACCUGCAGCUGGAGAACAUGCGCAUGAAGCUUCCCAAGCCUGCCAAGCCCCUGAGCAAGAUGCGGAUGGCCACCCCUCUGCUGCUGCAGGCGCUGCCCAUGGAAGGCCUGCCCCAGGGGCCCAUGCGGAAUGCCACCAUCUAUGGCAACACGACCCAGGACCAUGUCAUGCAUAUGCUCCUGAAGACUGACCCCCUGAAGGUGUUUCCACAACUGAAGGGCAGCUUCCCAGAGAACCUGAAGCACCUUAAGAACACCAUGGAGGGCCUGGACUGGAAGGUCUUUGAGAAUUGGAUGCAUCACUGGCUCCUGUUUGAAAUGAGCCAGAACUCCCUGAAGGAGAAGCCUACUGAGGCUCCACCGAAAGUACUGACCAAGUGCCAGGAAGAGGUCAGCCGCAUCCCCGCCAUCCACCCGGGCACGUUCAGUCCCAAGUGCGACGAGAACGGCAACUAUUUGCCGCUCCAGUGCUAUGGGAGCAUCGGCUACUGCUGGUGCGUCUUCCCCAACGGCACCGAGGUCCCCCACACCAGGAGCCGUGGGCACCAUAACUGCAGUGAGCUGCUGGAAAUGGAGGACCCGAACUCUGGGAUGGGCGUGAUGAAGCAGGAUCUCGGCCAAGCCAUCGUGUGAACAUAGCAGUCUCCAGCACACAGCCAUGCCUGUUUGGCCAGCUAUCUUGCCCCCCUCCAUCCCUCAACCCAGCCCUUCUCCCCUUCCCUGCAUCCUUCCCCCAAACCCUGCACCUCAUUCCAUCGGAAACCCUGGAGUCUGGCUCUUCAUCAUCUUUGGACACAACCAAUCAAGUCAGAACAGCCCAGACCAUUGGUGCAGGAGGACCCCAACUCCCCACCCAUCAACAAAGACGUAAGGCCGAGAUGGACCAAAAGCUAGACUGACCCCCUUUCUGACACCACAGUGGCAUCAAGAUCCAGGCCCACAGGCAGGGUGGGAAGGUGCAGGGAGAAGGAACCACUCCACCCCAUACCCAAACCCCCAAAUGUUGGGCACAUCUGCUGUCCUCUCUGCUGGCCUCUGUAUCUCUCCAGCCUGUCCACUCACAAGCCCGCCUCACUUUGUGACAAUCCUCCAGUUCCCUCUGCUCAGCCUACCCGCAGCUUGCCAUCAGCCCUCAGAGCCAUGGUUCACGUUAAGAAUAAAAGGUAGUGAGUAGAACA